UUGACUUUUUGAAAAUGCACCUCAUCUGUGAAUGUACGCAGAAGUUACAGGGGCCUGCUCCUCUACGAAAACCAACAGUUGAUUGCGCUCAAGAACGGGAUGGAAUUAAAACUGUACAUUUCGGAGCUUUCCCAGUCGGAAGCGUUACCAAAAAGUUUCUUCAGAUCAAAAACUCUUCACCAAACUGUGAUACAUUUACUGUAACAAGAGACCCGGAGACCAACCCUAUCUACCACGCCUUUGACAUAAAAUUAGACAAUCCUUGCGUUAAAAGUGGACAAUGUCUAGAUUGUGUCGUAUCUUUCAGCCCACAAGUGCCAAAUCAGCAUUAUAUGGAUUACUUCCAAAUUUCAAGUAACACUUUUAAUUCCUACAGAAUUUGCGUAAGAGGAGAUUGCAUAGGACCAUCCGUUAAGUUAUCUACUAAGAUCCUCCUGUUCUACGACACUAAGAGUGGGAGAUGCCUAUCUAACACCUUUGAAUUGGCCAACAUGUCAAAUCAAGAGGUCCUCUACCAAUUUGAUGUUAACGAAGCCCUUGCUGAUCAAGAAGUCUUCAAACUUAGUACAGUUCGUGGAAGCUUAAAGUCGCGCGACUACGCUUAUAUAUCGGUCAAGUUUCUUCCAGCAGCCUCAAAAAUUUACGCACUUAACUUAGUGUGCCGCAUACGCAAUCACCCCCCAUUAAUCAUACUACUGGUUGGAGUAAUGGCACCUACGCUGAAUGUUGACCCCCUUCAGCUUGCCCUAAAACAGUUCUCUGACAAAUACCCCUUGCAAGGUUAUGAGGGGUACAUGUACGACAGCCUCAGUAAGGUCACCCAGAAGCCUCCGUUUUCUCUUAGCGUUACGCACCUCGAUUUCGGAACGGUAGAGUUCGAAGAAAAUCGAAGAAACUCACAAUCCUUGGUUACCAGUUUGACUAACCACCUAAAUGACAAGAUCGAAGUGCACUGGAUGAACGAAAACGACGAAGUGUUCUACAUAACUCCGAAGACCGUAAUGAUUCCUGCUAACGAAUCCGUUCUGUACGAAUGUCGCUUCCAACCCAACUCUUCCGAUGGUAUAUUCAGUAAAUUGGUGACCGGGUGCGUAUUUUGGUCCACCGCCAGUGAGGAAAUGUGCGUUCCGCUGAAUGUCACGCUGAGAUUGUUGGGAAAUUCGUUUUUCGCGAACAAAAUUUGGUUACCGCUGUUUGAAAUCAAGCCUAGCGUGGUGAUAAUGCCGCCGACAACGCCGACAGUUCAGUGUUUUACUACGACCAUUUUGAGAUCGUCCAGUCAUCUACCGACGUCCUUCAAGUUUCUUUCGCCCAAAAAAUCGAACUUUGUUCUGAAACCUAUGGAGGGUGUUGUAAACGACUUCGAAGUGAUCGUGGUGCUGUUGCAUCCAGACGCGAAUGACAAAAGGGCUUACGUUGAGCGAUGGGGAUUGGAAUUGAAUGGACGAAAGGAGGACUGCGCGACACUCUUUCUUAAGGGCUACGCGGAACACCCGUCUGUAAUAAUUGGGGAUGGUAACGUCGUAAGUUUCCGCACAGUUCAUCCGGGUUCUCAAGAUAUUUUGACAGUUAUGCUCAAAAACCCAACGAUCCACACUUUGAGAUACAAUUUUGAUUUUUGUGGUGCAACCGGAUUCAAUGUAAACUAUCCUGUGGGCGAACUGGUGCCAAACGAAGCAGUUUAUUUAGAAUGGUCCUACACUGGAAGUUUAAAUACACCCGCUAGUUCUAGAGUAAACUGCAAUGUUCAGCGUUUAAAGGAUAUGGCCGUCUCAUCGGGCCUUCACGCUGUGAUUCCAGUAACAAUCCAUACCAGAUGCGUCUACAGUGAAUUAUGCGCAACUCCGAAUCUGUGGGAGUUUGACCAAGUCGAAGUGGGAUCGUUAGUAUCCACAUCCUUCUAUCUCUUUAACUUCGGAUCUGCACCCGUGCACUUUCACUUAACACGGAAGGAUUUCGAUCUCCCAACAAGCGAGGUUACACUGCUCCCUACAAAGGGCACCGUAGCUCCAAAUGAAAAAAUGCAAAUCUUCGUCAACCUUAAGGGAACGAUUAUAGGCGCCCAAGAAAUACAAAUUGUUUACAAAGUUCGACUGAGUGCUUUUUCAGAUGAAAUUGUUAAUCAGGGCGAGGAACGUAAUGUUUUUCUCGGUCGAUUGGUCUGCGUUUACCCAACCGUGCAGAUUGAAGAUAUCAUGUCGUACAAUUUUGGGUUUUUAUUCUCAAAGAGGGUAUUGUGGAAUAUGUUCAAUAUUGAUAAAUUGAACAACAUUUUAAAGACCAUUGAGCGCGAUGAAACGAAAUGGUUAGCGAUCUACACACCAGAUUACGAAAUCGGCGAAAAGUGCUAUUUCGCAAACUUCGUCAUGCGCAACACUACCAAUUUUCAAAUCGAGACCAAAUUAAAACGUAAGAAGAACUGCGAAUGCAAACCCGUGGAAAAAACCAAAGGAAUGUCGUUUCGAGAAUUAGUCCACGAUUGCAUUCAUAGGAAGAUUGCGAAUCUCCAUUUGGAAAGCGAUCUGAUGCAGCCAAAUCUGACUUACAAAAUGCGAUUAGAUGUGCGUUACCUAUCGCACGGUACUUCACAAAUUGUGUACGUAAUGAACUUGUCGUACAAUCGCACAAUCGUCAUCAACAUUCACGUGAACGUCCUACCAGAGAUUGUGACGAUGCCAUCGACGUACUUUAACGGCUUUGAUUUUAAGCUCAUCCCAACGUUUAUCGGACUAAUGGGACCGCCUGCUCAGGCAUUCCCCUUAUACAACAACUCCAACUUCUCAGUUGACUACGAAGUUGAAACCACCCCACUAGCACGGGUGAACUUUGAGUACCAGUUUGACAUAUUUGCCUGUCUAAACCCGAAAGGAACACUUCCUCCUUUCACAUCGUGCAGCAUUUUAUUUGAAUUUCAGCCGAUCACGGCAGAGGAGUACGAGGUUGUCGUGCCCAUAAAAAUGGGCGAAAGUGUCUCUUUUAUAACUAUGAAAGCGAUUGGAAUCAUGGAAUUUGAGAAGUAUGGUAGUUUGGAUGACUAUCUACCCAAAGUAUCAUAUCGGAACAUUGACAAUCCUGUGGAGCUUUCCACCGACCAUUUAGUCAUUGAACCUUUUACUGUGUGGUCUUUCACGGACCGUAUGAUAUUUAUUACAAAUCAAACCCCUGAUCGCAUUGUGGGUUACUCUUUUUUGCAAUGUGUGCAGGAAGGAGUGGUGACGGUCGAAGCACAACAGCAUAAAGGAGUUUUGCAACCGAAAGAAUCUCGGCCCAUCAUAAUUCGUAUACGGUCGUUUGACCAAGCUUGUAUUUUAAACAUGCAGAUGGUUUGCAAGCUGUUGGAUCACUCCGAGCAUAUUCGCCAUGCAGAAUCUGUGCACGAACAUAACAGUAGACAAGAGCAACUUGCAGGACAAUUCACCAUUACAGCUGCGGGUACUUCGUUUCCGAGCAACGAUGUGAAGGUGCUCCCCAAAGCGGAAAACUUCUUCCUAACUCUAAGCCUAAAUAUCUGUAUUCUGGGCGUUAGUGACAGGGAUAUCUGCUUUACAGCUGAAGAACUAUUUUUCCAAGUUCCCCAAAGCAGAUUGCACAUAAAUACCGCGACGAUAUUCAUAGACUACACUACCUCGCUACUUGCAAAAGAAUCAGUCGAAAACGUUGCAAAUGCCCUCAAAACAGCACCGCUGAAGCAUACUUUGGAUGACUCAAAAACUGAGUUGGUUAAAUUUGCGGUUGAAUGCAUCUUAGCUGACACAAUCUUUAGUGGCGCGUUUAAUCACCUGCUAUGGUUUGCAAAUCAUGCGCACCAAAGUUAUUAUAUGCAGUAUGCUAUUGACGAUGAGCCGAAUCCGCCGCAUACAAAAAAGUCGGUGCUGAAAGCGAAACGUAGGAUGGGUUUGAAGAAGCAUUUGCAUUUAGUGAAAUCUUACCUGCAAGCUCCCCAAGGACCCAUCUACCAGUCCUUGUUUUCGCAGCUACUGUUGGAUUCUAUGCACGAGAUAUUCAAAUUGGGUCCUCGAAAGCACGACGACAAUCCGAGGGAGUACAUUUAUGGCGCAAUGAAGCGGAAGGAGAAGUAAUUUUUAGAUUUUAUUGAGAUUUGU